UCUCACGGAUCUUGCCUCCUCUUUAUCCUGCAAACCCAUUUUUAUACCUUUUCUAUCUUUCUUUCCAUCUCCCUUAUAUAUAUCCUUAAGGAUUGAAUCACCUUUGUUCAGUUCUACUUUCUGAUUUUCCUUCCAAACCCCAACUCCAACAGCAAAACAAGAAUGGCUUCUUGGGUUCGCACCAUUACAUCCCCCUUCAGAAAAGCUCGUACCUUCUUCAACAGCCCGAGGGAUAAGAAAUCUCAACCAGAGAAUGAGUCUCGUACCAUGGAUUUACAUGGUGAGGUGAUGGCAUGCGCUUAUGAGGAUGUUCAGGUGAUGUGGUCGAUACUGGACAAGUCUAAACCCAGAGUUUGCAAUAUUGUGAGUUCUUGAGGGUCGAUGGUCGAUUUUAUACUUAAUUUGUAGAUAAAUCAGGUGUGAUGUGUGCAGAUGAUUCAGAAAUUAAAGCAACAAGGAUCAUCUAAGUCCCACAAUAAGGGUAAGGGGAGGUGGGUUUGGGGGUGUGUGAAGAUGAGUUGUGGUGAAAACUAGAAAAGGCACUGUUUUAUUUAUAUGCGAUGGAUGCCUUUUGUUUUUCUUGCUUUCCUGUUUGUAAUUGUUAGUUCAGAUAGGGAAUCCCCAUGGUUAAUUAAGGAGAAUCAUGGCGAGAUUUAAUGAAAACUUUUUCCGAGUUUGUUUA